AUGCUCGCAAAAAUAGUUGUUUCAGGGAUUUCCCUGAUACUUGUCGUCGGUGUAGUCAUCGGAGUUGUGGUUGCUGUCAACCGCAGUAAUGACAGUUCAGAGAACACUGAAGACUUGUCACCACAAAUGAAGGCUGUUACACAAAUUUGUCAGCCAACUAAUUAUAAAGAAACUUGCACCAAGGUCCUCGGUUCAGCCAACAGCACUGAUCCUAAAGAGUUGAUUAAAGCAGGGAUUUUAGCCAUAUCGGAUUCAGUGACGAAAUCCAUGAAUUUGAGUGAGGAUCUUGUAGUAAACGGUGGUAGUAACGAGCCACGUACAAAACUUGCUCUGGAGGAUUGUAAGAUACUACUGAAAAAUGCUUCUGAUGAGCUUAACGAUAUUCUUGCAAAGGUGGGUGAGAAUGAUCUGAAAAGCAUAGCUGAGCAAGCUGAUGAUUUUCGAAUCUGGUUGAGUUCUAUCAUCUCCUAUCAGGAAUUGUGUAUUGAUGGGUUUGAUCAUGAUAGUAACUUGAAAUAUUCAGUUCAUAAUAGUACUGAUUACGGUAGUGAACUAACAGAUAAUGUUCUGACUAUUCUUGGUGGGAUUUCAAAAAUCCUGGAAAACUUUGGUCUCCAUCUUAAUCUUCCAUCCACCAAUUCUCGUCGUCUCCUUAGAGCUGAUGGAUAUCCAACCUGGGUAUCUGCUGCUGAUCGUAAGCUCUUGGCCGCUGGAAAUGCAGGCAAGCCUGCACCAGAUGCAGUAGUUGCUCUAGAUGGCAGUGGGCAAUUCAAGUCUAUUAAUGCAGCUAUAAACUCAUACCCAAAAGGCCACCAGGGCCGAUUUGUUAUUUAUGUUAAAGCUGGAAUCUAUAACGAGCUCGUCAAGGUGCCAAAGCGCCAGCCUAAUAUUUUCAUGUACGGUGAUGGACCAAGGAGGAGCAUUAUCACCGGAAAGAAGAGCUUCACCAGUGGUUUUAACACCUGGAACACUGCUUCCUUUGUGGUUGAAUCACCAGGGUUCAUCUGCAAGGGGAUGGGAUUCCAGAACACUGCAGGUCCUGAUGGUCACCAGGCAGUUGCCAUGCGAGCUAACUCUGACAUGUCAAUUUACCACAACUGCAGGUUCGAUGGAUAUCAAGAUACAUUGUUGUACCAAGCAGGCCGUCAAUUCUACCGGAACUGUGUCAUCUCCGGCACCAUAGAUUUCCUCUUCGGUUACGGUGCAGCUGUGAUUCAAAACUCCUUGAUCAUAGUCAGGAAGCCUAAUCCAAACCAAUCCAACACAGUGACAGCAGAUGGCAAGAAGGAAAGGGGACAACCAACUGGACUUGUAAUUCAUAACUGCAGAAUUGUGCCUGAAGUAAAACUCGACCCUGAGAGACUAACUGUGAAAACAUACUUGGGCAGGCCCUGGAAACAAUUUUCAACCACUGUAGUAAUGGAAUCACAAGUGGGAGAUUUGAUUCAGCCUGAAGGGUGGAUUCCAUGGGAUGGAAACUUAUUUCUUGACACUUUGUUUUAUGCUGAGUAUGCAAAUAGUGGACCUGGUGCCAAUACUGCAAGGAGGGUGAAGUGGAAGACACUUCAUUUUCUUAAUAGGAUUGAAGCUCAAAAAUACACCCUCGGAACUUUUCUUGCCGGCUCCGGUCAAUGGGUUAGAGCUGCUGGAGUUCCUUUCUUGCUUGGGCUCAGGAGAUAG